GGAAUAGUUUUAUACUUAAUUGCACUCAAUUAACCAUCAAAAAGGUAAAUGCUAAGAAAAAAAGGAAUUGUUGCUAAAUAUCUAUAUGUAUAAUCAACGUCAGAUUAAAAAAACAAAAAAAGAGCCAUCACAGAUUAACAAGUCAACAAGUCAUUGCGUCAACGCACCACGCCCCUACCACCACCAGGAGCAGCCAUUAAAAUACCUUACAACAGCUCACAAUUCACACCAUAACUAACAAAUCAAGAAACCAGAAACCUGAACAAAUGUCUCUCUUCUAUCUCAUCUUUGCUCUUCUUCUCUGCACAAACCCUUUACCUUCUCUUCAACAAAACAACAGCCUCACUUCUUUUUCCUCAUCAAACACUUCAUGGCUCCCAAAUCAGAACCAGAUUCUCCUCUCCCCUAACUCAACCUUCGCUGCCGGUUUUCGCCCACUUCCCCGUUCUCCAAAUCUCUUCACUUUCUCUAUUUGGUACUACAAGUUGCCAGACAAAACCAUUGUUUGGUCAGCUAAUAAAGACUCCACUCCACUUUCUAGCAGCGCUUCUUUAGUCAUUUCCUCCACUGGCGAGCUCCGUUUAACUAAUGGUUCUUCAGGAACAAACCUGUGGCCUGGCAAUCAGACUACCGCAAACUCAAACUCUACUUCACUUUUUCUACAGGAAAUUGGAAAUCUCGUUUAUGGCAACUGGGACAGCUUUGAUUAUCCAACCCAUACCUUCUUGCCGACUCAGAACAUAACAGGACGUACUAAACUUGUCUCAAACAACGGUAAGUUUAGUUUUUCGGAUUCCAAAAACUUGGUCUUUGAUCUUGAUUCUGAAAUUUAUUAUACAGCCACUAGUCAAUUUUUACAACUAAGGACAGAUGGUAGUGUGGCUCAAGCAAAUGGCUUUUCAAUCAUUUCUGCUGAUUUUAAUCCUAAUCAGACUAGUGAUCCCAAGCUUCGGAGAUUGACUCUUGAUGAUGAUGGUGUUCUAAGAGUGUACAGUUCUGAUCAAAGUCAGGAUCAAUGGUUUAUUGUUUGGCAAGCAGUACAAGAGGUCUGUAAAGUUCAUGGGACUUGCGGGCCUAAUGCUAUCUGCAUGCCUGAGGACUCGAAUUCUAGAUCUUGUGCCUGUCCACCAGGAUUCAGGAAAAAUUCUACAAAUUCUGACGCCUGUGACAGGAAAAUUCCGCUUUCCGGUAACACAAAGUUUCUUCGGCUUGAUUAUGUCAAUUUCACUGGUGGGUUAGAUCAGUCGAGUUUGAGAGUCGGGAAUCUCUCAGUUUGUCAAUCACGUUGUUUGAACGACCGGAAAUGUCAAGGUUUUAUGUUCAAGUAUGACGGCCAAGGGUACUGUGUGCUUCAGCUUGAAAAGAUGCCAUAUGGUUAUUGGUCUCCAGGCACAGAAACUGCAUUCUUUUUGCGUGUGGAUAUUAAGGAAUCAGAUGAGUCUAAUUUCACUGGCAUGACCAGUGUGCUAGAGACAACAUGCCCUGUUCGAAUCAGCCUUCCUUUCCCACCUGAAGAAUCCAAUACUACAACAAGAAACAUUGCAAUUAUAUGCACAUUAUUUGCCGCCGAAUUGAUUUCUGGGAUUUUGUUCUUUUGGGCAUUUCUAAAGAAGUAUAUCAAGUAUAGAGACAUGGCUAGGACUUUAGGCCUGGAAUUCCUCCCCGCAGGAGGGCCUAAGAGGUUCACGUAUGCGGAACUCAAAGUUGCAACAAAUGACUUCUCUAAUGCUAAUGCUAUUGGGAAAGGUGGAUUUGGUGACGUUUAUAGAGGAGAGCUGACCGAUAAGCGCAUUGUUGCAGUCAAGUGCUUGAAAAAUGUCACUGGUGGUGAUGCUGAGUUCUGGGCAGAGGUUACUAUUAUAGCCAGGAUGCACCAUCUCAAUUUGGUCAGAUUAUGGGGCUUUUGUGCUGAGAAAGGGCAAAGGAUUUUAGUUUACGAGUAUGUGCCUAAUGGUUCCCUUGAUAAGUACCUUUUUCCUGCGGGUCAACUUGCAUCAUCAGGAUCUGAGAUGGAAAUGGGUCCGCUGGCUAUUGACGGGCCGAAACCCAUACUUGAUUGGGGAAUCCGAUACCGGAUUGCACUUGGUGUGGCAAGAGCAAUUGCAUACUUGCAUGAGGAGUGUUUGGAGUGGGUUUUGCAUUGCGAUAUCAAACCUGAAAAUAUACUUUUGGGCGAUGAUUUUUGUCCAAAAAUAUCGGAUUUUGGGUUAGCCAAGUUGAGGAAAAAAGAAGACAUGGUAAGUAUGUCUCGGAUCCGGGGCACUCGCGGGUACAUGGCGCCAGAAUGGGUCAAGAUGGAUCCUAUUACUCCGAAAGCCGAUGUGUACAGUUUCGGAAUGGUGUUGUUAGAAAUUGUCACAGGGUCGAGAAAUUUUGAGAUGCAAGGUUCUAUAAUGGACAGUGAAGACUGGUACUUCCCUAGGUGGGCAUUUGACAAGGUGUUCAAGGAAAUGAAGGUAGAUGACAUUUUGGACCGUAAAAUUAAGCAUUGCUAUGAUGCUAGACUGCAUUUUGACAUGGUGGAUCGUAUGGUGAAGACUGCAAUGUGGUGCCUUCAAGAUCGGCCGGAGGCCAGGCCGUCCAUGGGGAAGGUUGCCAAGAUGUUGGAAGGCACUGUGGAGAUGACUGAACCAAAGAAGCCUACCAUCUUCUUCUUAGGGGAUGAAUAAAUAACUUGUCUAAGCUUCAUGUUUGUCACUUUCAUUUUGUGUUUCUUGUGCUUUCAUGUCUUUUUUGUUUGUGUAUGUACAUCAUUAGGACGAUAAGGGAAAGGGUAAAAGGCUUUUUUACUGCUCCUUUUAUUUGUCAAAUAAAGCCAAAGUUAAAAUCUAAAAAUUUAUUAGUUGUUUA